AUUCGUAGUACGUUGUAGAGUAUGAGAAGGAGACGCUGCGGCAGCCUGGGCGGUCAGGGCAGACUGUGAACAUGCAAACUGCACCUACGAUCAAGAAGAAGAAGGCUGUAAGCUGUGACUCGUCCUCCCGCUGACCGCUAUAUUUCUUCACAAGGGAGUAUACUCUCACUACCUUCUCUAAAUUUGGACUAGCAGGGCACAUACGACUUAGUCUCGUCGCUGCCUUUCGUACCAACAUCAACAUUACGGCACGUAGUAGUAGAACAGGAAUUCAAGUCACGCUACCUAGAAAAAACUGAUUGCAAGCAAAAUUGCACAAUGGAAGUAAGAACUUCGAAAAUCUAUGAAGAGUUGCCAGAAAUUGUCAUAAAACGUUCAUCAGAUUUAAUUGGUCUUGCACAUGAGGCAGAUGCUGGUUCAUCCAAGCAGCAACUCCGAGACUUUCUUGAGGCUACUGUUCCCAGUGCUGAUAAAGAUGAAGUUACUGAUGAGGUGAGUGUGUGUUUAUGUACUUCUUGCAUCACCUACACACCGCCCCAUAAGAAAGCUAGACGACGACCUCACAAAUCCCUAUAUUUUGGUUGUUUCAUGAGAGUUACCAAAUCAAGGUGUUCUGAGUAUGUAGGCACACAAGGAAUUGUCAUUAGGGAGACCAAGAAUACAUUUAUGAUGAUUUGUCCUAAUGAUCAAGUGAAAAUUAUUCCCAAAUUACAUAGUGAAUUUAGUUUUGUCGUCGGUAAAGUUGGCUUCUCUGUGCUAGGUAAUCACUUGCAUCAGAGAUCAGCUGAAAGAGCAAAGCAUAACUUUAAGAAGCUCAGCCUCUGGUUAUAAGACACGGUAUAAUUUUAUUAACUAAAUUUAUAAUUGCAGUUAUGAGAGAUAUUACAAUGAUUGUAUUUUGCUUUUGAAUGUUAAUGAAGUGUUUAACACCAAAAAAUAUCAAUACACUAUAGACAAACUUAAAAAAUGGACUGUCUUUAUUAACUAUGAUGAAUAAAUAUAUAAAUAAUAAAAUAGAAUUUUCCACAA